AUUGAAUGGACUUAUUUUAAAGGAUGGAUCAGAGGCCGGAGAAUACAGGAACUCCUCCUGUGAGUGGUUUCCAUGGUGAUCAGAGGCCAGAGAGUACAGGAACUCCUCCUAUAAGUAGUUUCCAUAGAGAUACUGCAUCCCCUAAUCCUUCAUUCCAGUCUGGACAUCCAUCAUCUUCUUUAGCCUACACAUCAGCUUACCAGGGCCAAGGUUACCCAUACUCUCACCACCAAGGUCAAGGUCAUCUACAAGGUCAGUCAGUGGAACACCAAUACUUUAAACCACAAGGUAGACUGGGUCAGUGGCAUCAGAACAAUCCACAGGCAGAGGCUGUGAAUUAUCCACAAGGUCACUUUCAAGGUCAGUUCCAGGGUCAGAAUAUAGGUCAGCUUCAUGGUCACCAUGGACCUAUCCAGCAGGCUUCUCCCGAGGUUCAACUUACCCAAAGUUCAAUACCAGUGUCACAGACAGACAGUUGGAAGCCUCCACCCAUGAAAGGAAGAGAAGGUGUUUAUCAGAUAAUACAAGAGGGACAUCAAUGGUAUCCCUACCAGGAAGCACCAUUACCACAGCAUUCACAUCCAGAUCCACCAACACAAAGUUUUCCCACACAACAUGGUCGAGCCUCACAACCUGUUAUAUCCUCACAAUAUGGCCCACCCUCACAACAGGGUCCACCCUCACAACACGGUCCACCCUCACAACAGGGUCAACCUUCACAACACGGCCCACCCUCACAACAGGGUCAACCCUCACAACACGGCCCACCCUCACAACAUGGUCAACCCUCACAAUAUGGCCCACCCUCACAACAGGGUCCACCCUCACAAUAUGGCCCACCCUCACAACAGGGUCCAACCCUCACAACAUGGCCCACCCUCACAACAGGGUCCACCCUCACAACACGGUCCACCCUCACAACACGACCCACCCUCACAAUAUGGCCCACCCUUACAACAGGGUCAACCCUCACAAUAUGGCCCACCCUCACAACAGGGUCAACCCUCACAACAUGGCCCACCCUCACAACAGGGUCCACCCUCACAACAGGGUCCACCCUCACAACACGGCCCAACAUCACAACACGGCCCACCCACACAACAUGGUCCACCCACACAACAUGGUCCACCCUCACAACAUGGCCCACCCUCACAACAGGGCCCAUUGUCACAACAGUGUCUUUCCAUACCACACAGUCAACCCUUACAAGAGGGUCCACCCUCACAACAUGGUCAACCCUUACAAGAGGGUCCACCCUCACAACAUGGUCCACCCUCACAACAGGAUCCACCCUUACAACAUGGCCCAACCACACAACACGGCCCACCCUCACAACAUGGUCCACCCUCACAACAGGAUCCACCCUUACAACAUGGCCCACCCACACAACACGGCCCACCCUCACAACAUGGUCCACCCUCACAACAGGAUCCACCCUUACAACAUGGCCCACCCACACAACACGGCCCACCCUCACAACACGGCCCACCCACACAACAUGGCCCAACAUCACAACACGGUCCACCCUCACAACAUGGUCCACCCUCCCAUCAUGGUCCACCCUCACAACACGGUCCACCCUCACAACAGGGUCCACCCUCACAACACGGUCCACCCACACAACAUGGCCCACCCACACAACAUGGUCCAACAACAUAUCUUGGCUACAACCAGUUUCCUAGGAUGUCAGCUCCUGCCAGGUUUCUGUUUGAUCAACGAUAUUUUUAUCCAACUGAACAGUACAGGGCUAGUCCUUCUCAUAGUGAUGAAGGUCAAACAUUUCAAGGUCAAAGUUACCAAGACCAUGAUUAUCAAAGCCAUGGCUCUCACAGUCAAGGUCAAAGUUAUAAAGGUCAAGGUUAUCAUGGUCAGGGUUAUGAAGGCCAAGAUUACCGAACUCAGGACUACCAAGGUCAAGGUUAUGAAGGUCAUCAAGGUCAAAUGUGGCCAUAUCGAUGGCAGACUGUUCCACAGGCCUGGGGACCAAACCAGCCACAAAAUUAUGACUAUGAACAUCGUCUAAAGACUGAAACAGCUAGUUCUCAGAAUGUCCCACCAGAGGGAGCCAUGAGAUCAGUCCCUCAGCAGUAUGACAACCCAAGGAGACCAGUAAAACCCCAAGCUAGUAACCCACCUCAUGGGGCAGGGAGUGGACCUGUACAUACCCAGCGGCAAGCACCCGUAGAGGAAGUACAGCAGGAGAGUUCCACUGAACAGGCUGAAGACAAUGAGAAACAACAGGCCAUCCAUGUGACCUUCACGACUAUUAUCAGCGAAGAUACCGUGGAGAAUUACUUUGAGAAUGAGAAACGGUCUGGAGGGGGUGUUAUUGACCAGAUGGACUACAGUGAGGAAAGACUAGAGGCCAUCAUCACCUUUGAGGACAGUAAAAUGAUCAGCCGAGUUUUGGAGAAGUCCAAACAUGUGGUAGGUGAAAAGAAAUUGUCUGUGAAAGUUGUUACCCUGGAGAAGAACACUUACCUGAUAGAAAAUAUCAGUCCCAGUACUGACGAGGAUGUACUGGGUGAUUUUCUGGUCAAUCGUACAGGUGGUUCGGGUGAGGUGGAAGUGAUGGUAUUCCAAGCAGGAAGUGCCAUUGUAAAAUUUGAAGACAAAAUAGAUUUGGGAAAGCUACAGACAGCCUGUGAGAAAAAGAUGUUACACAAAUAUCUUUUAAAAGUAUCUAGAGUUGCUGAGUCAGGCUGUGUCAAGGUUACGGGACUUUCCAAGUCCCACACGGAGGACACCCUGGAAAUGUUCUUCUCAAAUGAGAGUCGGUGUGGAGGGGGAGACAUUGAAGAUGUGGAGAUGAUUGACAGGUUUAACAUGUGUAUCAUUACAUACAGCGAUCCUGAUGUGGCCAGACGCGUCUGUAAGAAGACACACCUGAAUGUUUCUAAUCAUAAGGUUCAUCUGACCUUGUACUACCCCGCCCUGCGAGACCCGGCCUGGUCUGCCCCUGCCCCCCAAAAGCUCCCUGACCCCAUUCAGCUACCAAACAUGGAACAGGUCAUACUGCAGUUUGUGCACAGUUCGUCUGUGUAUAAAACACGUCUGGAGGCCGACCUUUGUGAGGUGAAAGGUCAAGUGGUGUGGGGUCAUGCUGACAAUGAGGUAAAAGCGGAGGUUGAAUGUACAUUAGACAUUGAGGAUAAGGAUUACAGUGGACUGGUUGACAGGUGGCAGGAAGAUAUUGAUCAUGUGACCAGGAAGUUUACUGAUAACUUGGAUUCUGAAACUCUGACAACUGACAAGGACAUAAAACUGUGGGAUGCUUUCGUGGCUGAGCUGAGAGAUUUACACAUCAACAACCCUGAACAUGUAGCCACUGUUUUACCCAAAGGAAACUUCAAGGUUAUCUUAGUAGGUAGGAAAGACGAAGUCGCAGAUUUAAGUGCAAAGGUCGAGGUUAUGAUUGAGAGAGUAAGGGAAGAAAAAGAGAAAAAGACAGAAAUCAUGGAAGAAAAUCCAUCAAAGGUCUGCCAGCUUGUCAAGCUAGGUGUUCAGGAGAAGAUAAAAAAUGAUUUUCCUUUAUUGUCUGUUACCAUGGAUACAGGAAAUGGGCAGAUAACUCUAAAUGGCAGACAGGAUGAGAUAUUGAGGGCAAAGUGUACAAUAAUGGAGAGGACUGGAGCAAUGGAAUUCCAAACAUUUGACCUUCAUACUGGACAGUUAGAAAUGAUGUCCAAACAGGAAGUUAUGGAUGAACUGAACAGACGGAUAGAGAGUGUCAAGGAAAUGGUAGCCAUGGAAACCGUGCAGGGCAAACUUAAAAUCUGGGGAACAAAUGCGACAGAUUUUUCAAAGGUUAAAGGAUUAAUUGAAGAUUAUCUGAUGGAGAAAGAAAUUACCUUGGAGGAGGUAUAUAAACAAUGGUGUGUCUCACAAGAUCUUAAGGACUGUUGUCAAAAUAUUGAAGAUCAGUUUUCCUGGAAAUUCCACCUGGAAUUGGAGAAAAAAGAUCAUAAAAUAGUCGUUACAGCCACCAGUGAUGUAUUCAAAGAGGUCGUAACCAUGGUAACCAGGGCAACAGAGAAUUUCCAAGAAAAUCAUGGCAUACAUGUUGAAUUUGUUGAUGUUAUUGAUGAGAAAAUGGAGUUUAUCAAGUCUUACCUGACGGAACAGUUAGCACACAUUCAAGAACCUGAUGUUAGUAUUAAGCCAAGUCGUCGCGGAAAACGAACUGGUUAUGAAAUACGAGGGAAGAAAAAGUCAGUUAAAAAAGCUAUGGACAAUUUUAAGGACUUAGUCAAAACUGAAAUUCAUGAAGAAAAGCAUACGGCUUCAAAACCUGGUGUCAAGCGUUUCUUUGGAUCAAUGGAUGGAAAAAAAGAACUAAAAUCUUUAGAAGCCUUUAAUAAGUGUAUCAUUCAUGUGGACAAGGAACCGACUUCUGGAGAUCACAAAGGUCAGAUGUCGAGGAGGUCACAGCUAGUUAAGAAGGCCUCCUGUGAGGUUGAAGGUGUGAAGUUAAAAGUUUUCCAAGGGGACAUAACCAAGUUGAAGGUGGCAGCACUGGUGACCUGUGGCAAUCCGGGGAUGAAACACAAUGCAGGUCUGGCCAAGGCUGUGGUAGAGGCGGGUGGACAGACCAUACAAACACAGUGUGACCAUCAUGUUCGGGACAACGGAAAUGUUCAAACUGGUCAUGUGAUCACAACAUCUGGCGGUGACCUUGAUUGUAACAUUGUAAUACAUGCUGCUGUCACACCCUGGCAGGGAGGUAAUCAAGGUGAUCUGGACACCAUAAAAACGGCAGUGGAGAAAUGUCUACAGGAGGCAGUGCGAGGCUCUCACAAGUCUGUAGCUUUCCCUGCCUUGGGUUGUGGCAGAAUUUAUAAGUACCCUGCCCAAAAAACCACAGCUACAGUCGUGGACGCCAUAAACAAAUAUUUAAUUGUUAAUAACAGGAACUCUCCUGUGAAGGAAGUGUACUUAUGUGAUGUAAAUGAUGAUGCAAUUCAGGGUUUCAUAAAAGCUUUUUCCAGUGAAUGGGGCUCCAAGUAUGUCAAGGUGUUUGAUGAUCAUGAUCGGAGUUCAGGAAAACCUGGAGUGACAGCCCCCAAGGGAACUCAUGGUCACAUGUCUCAUGCAACUGAAGAUGAUGAUUCAUGCAGCUCCCACGGCGCCACUGCAGCAUCCCAUAAAAGGAAGGGAUGGGCAGUGAAGCGUGGACAGACAUCUGCUCAAGGUCAAACAGGACAACCCAAAGGUCAAGGUCAUCCCAUCAGACUGGAAAUAGGAGACUUGGCAAAAAUGAAAGUAGAUGUGAUUGUGAACUGUGCUGUCCCGACCCUUGACCUUGACAGUACUGUCAUGUCCAAGGCACUCUCACAGGUUGCUGGUCAGUCAAUGGAGCAAGAGUGUCAGGACAAAUACCCUAAAGGGAUCACAGUAGGAGAUGUAGCGGUCACCACUGGUGGUCAGCUCAACUGUAAACAUGUCUACCACGUCACAAUACCAAAGUGGGACGGGGGAACAGGAAAUGCUAUCAAGAAUCUUGGUGAUACUGUAACCAAAUGUUUAAAUUUAGCAAAUCGUCACCAAUGCGUUUCCAUAGCGAUACCAGCAAUGGGAACAGGAAGGCUGCACUACCCUGCUGACCAGGUGGCCAAGUUGAUGUAUAGUUCUGUGGAUAAGUUCUUCCAGAAUACCCAGAAUCCCUCACUACAGGAAGUACUUAUUGUGGUGUUCCAUAAAGACUCCGCAACAAUCAAGGCGUUCCAGAACGUAUCAAAAAAUUACAGUUCAUCAGGUGCAGCUGCCUUGUCAUCUGGUGAGGAUGAUAUACAGGAAAUGUUUGGUAAGGUCAAGGUCACAGUCAGCAAGGGUGACAUCACCAAGGAGACGACUGACGUCAUUGUCAAUGGUGUUGAUGAGAGUUUAGAUCUAAGGAAAGGAAAACUAUCGAGAGCUGUGCUGGCUGCUGCUGGGAUUUGUAUACAAGACGAAUGUAAAGACAAGAAUUAUGACAUGUACCAUCAUGGCCUUGUACAAACAUCAGCUGGUAACCUCAGUUGUAAGGCCAUCUUCCACAUCAAGACGGAGAAGCAAGCCGAGGCCUGGGAGACUGCUGUUUCCAAGUGUUUAGAGGAAGCAGAUGUGCUGAAAUAUACAUCUGUGUCAUUUCCAGCUCUUGGAACAGGUCUCCAACACUGUCCCCCGCAGGAUGUUGCAGCCUCCAUGAUCAAGGCCAUCAAGACGUUUUCCUCAAGUGCAAGUCAUGUACAAGAAGUCAGGAUAGUUGUCUUUCAGAAGAGCAUGAUCAAUCAUUUCCUGUCUGCCCUAAAACAGAAGUCCGGAUCUGGUGGAAUGUGGAAUUUGAUAACGAACAAACUUCCAGAAAAGAAGACCACUCUCAAACAUGAAGAGCAGGCCCAGGCUGAUCAACAUGACAAGGUGACCUUCAGAAUAUGGGCACAGUCCUCAUACAGAGCGGAAAGUGUCAAACAGGAACUCGACAAGCUGUGUGACAAAAAUUGUAUGACAACUGUCAUAAAAUCCUCUCCAGACAUCAUUCAAAAGCUCACAGGAAAACAGAAAGACUUUUUGGAGAAAUGUGUUGGUAGAGGUGUUCAGGUGAAAAUUGACAUGAAAAAAGGGGAAAUAACUCUUCAAGGAAAUUCUGAGGAUACCACACAAGCAAAUGUCAAAGUACUAGAGUACCUUCACAGCUCAGAAAAAGACAAACUGAAGAGAGAGAAAGCUAUGACCUUGGCCAUGUUGGUACAGUGGAGCUACAGUAUCAAGGGAAAGAAGAGAAAAUUUGACCUGACCUUGAAUGAACAACUAGAAUCGGCACACAAGGACAAGAAACCAGGGAUGGAGGUAAAAGAUAGACAAGGACAGAAGUAUUAUGUCGACUUUAAGAAAAUGGAGGAACAUGCCUUAAGUAACCCGUCUGAAAAGUUCCCAGUGGAGAGAUUAGUUAAAUCUGCGGACGGUGGCAAAGUCCCCGAUACAUGGACGACGAUGAGCCAAGGUCAACUUGUUGUGUCCGUUUCUCUUCCAACCACGGACAAGGAGUACAUCAGAGUCAAGAGUGAGUUUGAGAAAACAGCCGGCAGAGCUGUCAACAUCAUUAAGAUACAUCGGGUACAGAACAAGGCUCUGUAUGUUCAGUUUGCAGCAAAGAAAACAGAAAUAACUGCGAAAAACAAGAAAAACCCAGAGAAAUGGCUUUGGCACGGCACGAGUGUUGAUGUCAUCAAGAAGAUAAUUAAUAAUGGCUUCAAUAGAAGUUACAGCAACAUGUGUUCAAUAGGGAACGGCGUUUACUUCGCGGUGAAUGCAUCUUACUCCCUUGGUGGUUACUGCAAGCAAGACAGCAAUGGUGUCUUCCACAUCCUUCUGACUCAAGUACUAACCGGGGAGUACUGCGGGGGCCAGUCAGGUAUCAGGGUGGCGCCCUCUAAAGGGGGAGGUAACUCUACAGAUACCUAUGAUUCUGUGACAGACAACCCAGGCUCACCGUUAAUGUUUGUCAUAUUUCAUGACAGCCAAGCUUAUCCUACCUACCAUAUUGAGUUCAAGUGACAGUUGCCAUUUUUACCGAAUAUUAUGUUGCAAGAGCCAUGAACAAUAUUGAGUGAAUUUGUCCCAAGAGAAAUUCAUUCAGUGUAUCCAAAAUAUUUAUAGAUUAUACUGAAUUAAAUGUUCUAAUUGAUUUGUUGAGUUGAUAGGCUCUAGUCCAUACUUUACAACAAUUACCAGUUUAUCAACUUGUGAUAUGUGGGAUUUUUUUUGUAUGAAAUGGUCCAUUUGAAAAUGGUCCCUGUUUGAAAAUGGUCCCUGUAUGAAAUGGUCCCCAUAUGAAAUGGUCCCUGUAUGAAAUGGUCCCCGUAUGAAAUGGUCCCUGUAUGAAAAUGGUCCCUGUAUGAAAUCAAUAUAUUUGUGUAAUUUCGUGCAGAACUGGACAGAAUUUCCUGGUGACCAUGUGCAGUUCAGCCAUCGGGAUGUAUGUGUUCGAUCAUGCAUGUGCAAUAUUAAUUAAUAAGAUACAAUUUCUGGAUUUCUUGAAUUUCUCUCUACAUUUAUAUUUGUUCUUGUAAGGUAUAGGAACAUUAGAAAGACAAAAUUUGAACAUCCAAACGUUUUACUUUUUCUCAAUUAGACAGAGAUAUAUAAAAAAAAAAUGAAUGGACUCUCUGCUCCCAAUAUGAAGGAAUAAAAUGAAUUGAUGAAAUGAAGUCAUCGGAUCAUGA